AUGGCAAAGAAAUUGGUGAUUAUCGACACGGACUGUGGAAUCGACGAUGCCCAGGCCAUCAUGAUGGCCCUGUCCGCCCCCGACGUCAAGAUCCUUGGUGUUACAUGCUGUUUCGGGAACACGUCCCUGGAAAAUGUGUGCCAGAAUGUGUUGAGGGUGCUGGCCGUCUGUAAACGUGAGGAGAUCCCGGUGUUCCAGGGCUUGGGCGGCCCUCUCGUCGGGGCAACAGAGCUACCUAAGGAUCACUUCGGCAGCGACGGCCUGGGGGACAUCCUGGUAGACCGAGACCCGGACUGGAGGCAGAAGAUCCAGAAGGAGCACGCUGUCAACGCCAUGAUCAGGCUCGUGUCGGAAAACCCGAACCAGGUGUCCCUAGUGGCCCUCGGCCCUCUCACAAACCUGGCCAUGGCGGUGAGGCUUGACUCGGGCUUCCCAGACCGCCUCAAAGACCUCUUCAUCAUGGGGGGGAACAUGGAGGGGAAGGGUAACGUGACAUUAUGUGGGGAGUUCAACUUUGUGACCGACCCGGAGUCGGCCUACAUCGUUCUGGAUGAGUUCCGCUGUCCAACACACAUUGCCACCAUGGAAUACUGCUGCAGAAACAAACUCACCUGGGAGUUCUUCCAGGAGAUGCUGAACCAGGACUCUGCGGCCGCUCGCUUCAUGAAGCUGCUGACCUCCAAGUGCUGGGCGUACUCUCCGGCGGCCAUGAAGACCAAGCGGGACGUGCACUUCGGCCCGGGCUUCGUAUCCUACGACUCCUACGCCAUGGCCGCCUGCAUCGACGGCACCGUGGUGACCAAGAGCACCGAGUGCGGCGUCCACGUGGAGCUGCAGGGCAGCGUGUGUCGGGGGAUGAUGGCGCUGGACCCCACGGACAUGCUGAAGAAGCCCCACCGCGUGGUCGUCAUGACCGAGUGUGAUCUGGAGAAGUUUAGUAGGCUGCUUGCCAAGUCGCUCCGGCAGCCCUGACCCCAAUGAGCCACGUCCAUCUUGUUCCCACUUGGUGCCUUAAUUAUAGAACUGGUUCCCCUUAAUGAUGUUAAACUGUGACCCUCGGCACCACACGAAAGCAGACUGGUGGGGUUAGGAAGUGUAUGUUUUAUUGAAAUAUCUGCGACAAAUUGCCGUGUUGUAAUGUUUGUUCAUUUGCGUUGAUCGUUUUUGAAAUGGAAUCAAAGUUUGUUGGUGAAGAGAAGAAAUAUUUCCGUUUAUCAAUACAACUGCUGCUGAAAAACCCUGAUAAAGAUGAAUCAUUGAAACCUUCUACAUUUUAUUAAAAUCUAUAAAAAAUU